AUGCGCUGCUCGGCGGGGAAUUUGUUCGAUGACGUCAUUACAAGCGGCGAUCGCAGCGAAAAGAAAAAUCAAGCCAAGGUCGUGCACGCAGCCGGCGACGUAGUCGCAGUCGUAGUCGUAGCCGCAGCCGCAGACGUAGUCGCAGCUGUAGACGUGACUGUAGUCGCAACAUCAGUCACAGUCGUCAUGGCAGCCGUCGUCGCAGCUGCAACCGCGGCCGCAGCCCAAGUAUUAACUUCGAGAACUCGCAGCUGCAACCGCGGCCGCAGCCCAAGUAUUAACUUCGAGAACUCGCACAACAGUGCACGAAGUCAAAGCAGGUACUGUGAUUUAUAUAUUCAAGAACGUCAUCUAUAUAACGAGAGAAAACGAAUACGAGAACUAGAAGAUGAAUUACAAAAGAAGCUACGAGAUCUGGACAGUGAUAAACUCCAACCACUUCAAAAUAAAUCGAACAAACGACAACAUGAAGAAUCGGUACCACAAACACCAUUAGAAGUUUCCCCAAAACAUGUAUCUAUUAAAACUACACCGAAUGAUAAAUAUAAAGUAAUGAUCAAAAUUAAUGGUAAUUCUAUAUGCUGUCAAGUAGAUCUAGGUAGUGAGGUUACAUUGAUACGAGAAAGCGACGCUAAAGCUAUAAAAUUAACAUGGACCUCUGUGAAUAGCCCGUAUUUAAGAGGGUUAGGAAAUAUACCCUAUUUACCGUUAGGACGUACAUUUGCAGACAUAGAACUUCAAGGCUUAGUAGAAAAACAAGUUGAAAUACUUAUUGUAGCAGAUAGUUUGAUUAACUUGCCGGUAUUAUUAGGUCAUAGUUUCACUGAGAGACCAAAUUUAAGAAUAAUUAAGACUGACACAUACUUACAAUUUGACCGAGUAGACGACACGUUAAAUUCCAAAAUAUCCUUGCGUUCUGGGGUUAAUUUAAAAAUUGGUCUAGGGGAAAUGAGAGUAUUAAUAGUGAAAUCAGAUGAAGUUUAUAACGGUUAUGUAUAUAUCAGGGGUAAUAUUAGAGGUUGUCCCGGUAAUGAACACUAUCUAUUGCCUGGUGAGUAUGAAAUAGUUAAUGUUAAUUAUGACCUUUCUGUUCACACGUAUAAUACCACUAUAAAGUAUGGUGAACAACUUACUGAUGUUGAAGUUAGGAGCCUAAAAGAGCUUUUACAUAGAUAUAAAACUUGUUUCUCUACUGGUAUGCACGACCUCGGUUUUACUACUGUAACUGAAAUGGAAAUUCACCUUAAAGAUGUAAACCCAGUUGUUUAUAGGCCUUAUCGCUUAUCACACUCGGAGCGUCAAUUACCGGAGGUACAAUUGGGUAUUAACACUAGUGUUCAUGAUGUUACUAAGAGAACGCCAACUGAAAUGCUUUUUGGAAGAAAAGUAAAUAAUCCAUCUCAGGGCAUUUUGAACAGUAUUAGUGAUGAUAUAGGUAACGGGGUUAUAAAAGACUCUUUAGACAAAAUUAGGUUAGAAGCAAAAGAUUUAAUCAAAUAUAAUCAAGAAAAAAAUAAAGACAGAUUUGACUUAAAGAGAAAAUCAGCUAGAAAAUAUAAAGAGGGCGAUUUGGUAAAAAUUAUUAGAACAAUAGCUGGAAAUUCAGGUCAGUCCAAGAAACUAGAACCCAAAUGUCAAGGUCCAUACAGAAUAAAAAAGAUAUUACCUAAUGAUCGAUUCGUAGUAGAAGAUACGCCUCUAACUAGGAAAGGCAAGAGAUACGAAAAUGUAGUAUCUAUUGAUAAAAUUUCGCCUUGGUUAAGUUUUAGUGCCCCUGUCGUGUCUAGUGAUAGUAGUGACAAUGAUAGUAAU